AUGGGUCUUAGCGGAAAGCUGCAGUUUAGACAGGAGAUUAAGUCCCCUGGAAAUGCUUUCCCUGAAAUAUUCUACGGCUCCAAGAAGGAAAUUCUUCCCAAAAUCUGCCCAGAGAGACUCCCUGUGCUUGAAAUUCUUGAUGGAAACUGGGGUGAAGUGGGUUGUACUAUUGUUGUUCAUUACCAGAUGGCAAACGGAGAAACAGUGAUUUCAACGGAGAAAAUCGUAGCUUCGGAUGCGAAAAACAUGUCGAUAACUUACGAUCUGGUGGGUGAUCUGAUGAAACAUUAUAAGAGCUUCAAAGUUACUCUCCAUAUGGAAUCACAAGGCCAGAAAACAUUCUUGGUAAUCACAUAUGAAUAUGAAAAGCAGAGUCCGGAUGUUUUAGGCCCUGAUGGUAUUGGUAUGGUUGACUUUGCAAGUGAACUUAUCAGCAUUGUUGAUGCGUAUGUUCUCAACAACAUCACCUCAUUCCCUUCUCAAACUUCAAAUACCAUAACCUGA